GAGAUCGACUGGACUGACGGCGUCUACGGAGUGCUGCCCACCGCCAAGCCCUUGGAGGUGUUGAAGGCCAUCGAUAAGAUGUUGGUCAUGGGCGCCGCAAUGGACCCGGAGGCUCUGAAGGCUGGCGUGUUGGCCCACAGCAAGGCCAUCAAGAGCAUUGACGGCAAGGGCGUAACCACCCUUGCGGACUACACUGCCACCAACGCCGCCAUUGGCCACAUGAUUGCGUCCGUGCCGGCCUCCAAGACCAUGGACGUGUACAACGCCUUCAACAAGUUCAGCCUGGGCAAGGAUGUGGGCCCUUACAUGAUGUCCAAGGUGAGUUCCGAGGAUGCCAAGGCUGCCUACAAGGCAUUCCUUGAGUUCAAGGAUGUGGUCAAGGCUUCCCAGCGCUGA